CCCUGCCGGCUCUCUGUUACACAAGCUGCCGUUAGCUACCAACGCAAACAGACCUCUGCUCUGGUAAGACACACCGCUGGAGCAACGAUGGGAGUGUCAAUUCGAGUCGAAUACUGUGGCGCAUGAGGAUACGAGCCCCGCUAUCAGGAACUCAACCGGGUUGUGAAGGGAGAGUUUCCUGAUGCGGAUGUGGUCGGCUUCGUGGGAAGAUCAGGCAGCUUUGAGAUCCAGAUCAAUGGGCAGCUGAUCUUCUCCAAGCUGGAGUUAGGCGGCUUCCCACAGGAAGAUGAUGUCCUGGAUGCAAUCCAGAGCGCCUACGAUGGAAAACCUGUGGCGAAGAUCACCAAAAGCCGCGCGCCAUGCGUCAUCAUGUAAACCUCCCUCCGUGCCGCUUCAACAUCUGCAGCGUCACGACAGGCCAGCGUGACUUCACACUGCCGAUGCCACCUCAGGUUCGCCCUGGUCUGACCUGCUGGGAUACAACAUCACUAACAUACAGACCCAGCGGAGAAGCACGAGCUGCUUUCUGUGAUGCCAAACACUAAACUUCUCUGCCUUCUGGCUCCUCUUUCUGCUCCUAUUCUGGUUCUUCGGGACGCUAAUGAUUGCUGUAGCUUAAAAUGUUAUAGGUUACGGCAUGAUGAAUCCAUUCCUGGACUUCCCAGCUUAUAGGAGCAGAGACGGGGAGAAGAUGUCGCAGAUAUAUUGGAGGGAGCCCACUUUUAUUUUUCUAUGGCCUCAUUGCCUUUUUUUUUUGGUUUGUUUUUCUUGAUCUCAAAUGCAAUUUUUAGUCAAUGCAGGAAAGAAAGUAGUUUCACAUAACUUCUGAGAACAACGAGAGUGUCAGCUCUGUGCUGAAUGAUCUGUUACUAAUGCAUUUUACUCAGAUUUGAUUCAAUUGAAACGCUCUGUUUACGGGUACUAAAUAGUGAUGCAGUGUCAUAAAUUGUGGUUGAUGAAUGCAAAAUUAAACUUAACAUGGUUUUCUUUUUUAUGCAUAUCAGAUUAGAAUUGUCUUAAACAUUCAAUUGAUCGGUUGUAAUGCUGCCGUCGUAUGCAGCAGCUGAGCUCUGCCAAGUACCCACUUUGAAUCUGUUGUCAAUUUUAUGUACAAAUGGUAUGCUUUUCCAAAAAUUAAGCUGCUACAAAAAAAAGAAAAACAGAGCAAUCAUCUGUUGUGCUUCUGAGGACCAUCACUCACUGGUCUGUCAAGCUCACAAUCAGAUGUAAAGCUCAUUUUCCACUAAUCAUCUCAGAUUGUUUACUCUGAUGUCAAGACUGUAGACUUUCAAUAAAGGUAACGGUUGUUUAAGUAC